UAACAUCGACGUAUUAGCAACGUGUCGACCAAAUACUCAGUCGCAAUCAUGAAUCAAGAAAUUCGUUUUCGGCUCAAGCAUGUGAUCAUCUUUGCGUCCAUCAUCGCGUUCCUAUUCUUCUACUCGCUAAGUUCAACCCGAGACUGUGACAGGGAACAGUCAAGGUCAAACUAUGGCGAUGAACCAUGGCCCGUCGGUCAAGGACGCGAUGCCUUUCUGCCGAAUCGAAAGGGUCCCACGAUCUAUGCAGUGACACCGACCUACUCUAGACCGGUGCAGAAGGCCGAACUAACACGCCUAUCACAUGUCAUUCGUCUUGUGCCAAACGUGUUUUGGGUUAUAGUGGAAGACGCAACUCAAACGUCUGCACUGGUCAACAAUCUCCUGAAGCGUAGCGGUCUCCAGGACCGCAGUGUACAGCUGUUUGCCAAAACACCUACAAAUUUUAAACUCCAAGGAAAAGAUCCAAACUGGCUUAAGCCACGUGGCGUUGAGCAGCGCAAUGAAGCACUUAAAUGGAUACGGAACCAUUUGAAGCACGAUGCCAUGGGCAACGGCGACGCGGAAUCAAGCCCCUCGAUAGUAUACUUCAUGGAUGACGAUAAUACGUACAGCACGGAGUUAUUCGAUGAAAUCUCAAAAAUCGAGAGGGGCAAGGUUGGUGUUUGGCCAGUCGGUCUAGUAGGCGGACUAAUGGUAGAAAAGCCAGUACUGAACAGAGAUGGACUGGUGCUCGGAUUCAACAGUGCCUGGAAACCGGAACGACCAUUCCCGCUCGAUAUGGCAGGCUUUGCGAUUAGUUCCGAUCUACUGUUGGACAAUCCGCAGGCACAGUUUAGUUACGAGGUAGAACGAGGCUAUCAGGAAAGCGAAAUAUUACGCCACCUAACGAUCGCUCACGAUAUGCAACCGCUGGCGAAUCAGUGUAAGGAUGUGCUGGUGUGGCACACACGAACCGAAGUGCCGAAAUUGGAUGCAGAAAAAGUCCUACAAAAAAGUGGCAAAAAGUCGAACGACGGUAUGGAGGUGUAAGGUGGUUAACCGGUAAGCAUUAUAUGGGCCAAUAGCAAACUAAUGGUGAUG